ACGAGCCGGGUCACAAUGUGGGGGCGGCGGCACCGAGCGCGGCCAUGGGGGGGGGCGGGAGCGGGAGCGGCCCGGCAACUGCCGAACGCCGGCCCGAUCCCCGGGCCUAGCCCUAGCUCCACCUCCAGCCCCACCGGCCACCGGCGCGGCAACACCAUGUGCUACCCCGGAGACGACGGAGCCGAGGCCGCCUUGCUGCAGGAGCAGAGUGAUGAAAAGUCGCAGAGCUGUUUAUCGUUUACUUGCAUGUGGAUUAUGACCGUUCUCUUCAUCUUUCUGGUGAUCAUCACUUUUCCAAUCUCAGCAUGGUUCGUCCUGAAGAAGGUGCCGACCAAAGAGCGGUUUGUUGUCGUCCGUUUGGGAAGAAUUAUUGGCAGCAAAGGCCCUGGAGUCAUCCUCUUGCUGCCUUUCAUUGAUCAGUGGCAGGUAGUUGAUAUCCGCUCCAAGACUUUCACGGUUGCAAUGUUUGAGGCAUCUUGUAAAGAUGGAGCUCUGAUCAUUGUCGGUGCUGAGAUCAGCUGCCACGUCUCGGACCCAGAAGUUUUUGUGACAGCUGUGGAAGAUAUCUGGCAUGCGUUGGAACGCACGGCCAAGUCUGUGAUGAUAAAUCUCCUGCUCAGGAAAUCUCUGGCCAAAGUCAAGAAGAAUAAGAGUAAAUUUGAACAGCGAUUAUCAUCGGGGAUCAACCAGAAGAUCAAAUCGUGGGGUGUGCGAGUGGACCACGUAACUAUGGUCAUUCACAACGAGGAUCUUCAUCUGUCCAGUGCUACAGCCAGCAGUCGAGUUCACCAUGACGCACGCAGUAGUGGCUCCUCAGUGACAUCACUUCAGCAACCCUCCACGGCUUCAACUGACUCUGAAGAGAUGGGCAAAGGGGCUGGAUACGAGGAAUCUGAGGAUGACAGGUUCAGUCCAGACUGGGUGCUCACCAAGGUGCAGAGUCUCCUCACCGAAGAUCUGGUGAAGCAGAUUGGAGCCGUCUACCUGUUCGUUGUCAACCUGAAGGAUGGAAAUCGGAAUCUGUAUCACUUGGAUCUAACUAGAGAUUCGGGCUACGCGGGCUACGGUCUGCCCAAGAUAGAGCCCGACGUGACGCUGGAAGUCACGGAGAAGACCAUGCUGGCUCUGCUGACGGGGUCGACAAGGCCUUUCUCCGCCUACAUGAGCGGCAAAAUCCGCCUGCAGGGCGAUCUGAAGACCGCCAUGAAGCUGGAGGACCUGAUCAAGCUGCUGCCGCCGUGACGCAGCCCGCCCUGACAGCCUCCCCGCUCCUGAGGUUACACGCCUUGUAUUUUACGCACAGUUUUUGUUACUUCGCUCAAAAAAAAAAAAGUUCUAUUCUUAUCGAUUGUUAAUAGUUUACAGACUCCUAUGGAAGAGAAUGAAUAAACUUGUACCACUAGGUUAUCAUGCCAUGGGAUAUUCACUUCAGGACGCUCUUGAGUCUUGCUCCUCUCUCCCGUCUCCCUCACCAAAACCCUCCCCCAGUCAAACAACGGCAGUGGAAGCAACUCGGUGCCUAAAUGUGCUGCCUAAUCUACGCGGAGUUAAUGAGACUUAAAGAUUCAUGUAGAAUUGGAGUGAAUGGCUGCUUAAUGAUCGGCAUGGACACAGCGGGCCGAAGGGCCUACUUCUGUACUGUCUCGCUCUGUGUUGCUGUCAGUGGGGCUGUGAAAGAGGUAAGAGGGAGCUGGAAUGAACAAAAAACAGUCCCCUAAUGCUCUGUGUGUUUGUGGCACAUUUCUCCUUCAUCGGCCUUCAGCUGUGUCAAAAGCGCUUAGAUUUUUUAUAUCAGAGUAGGGACGCAGAACAAACUAUUAAUAUGUUUGUUUUAAUUAACAACCAGCCACGUGUUUGCACUAUUUACAACUCUUGUACGUGGCUGGCGAUGGGCGCAAGUUGUGAAGUAUGUUCUUGAAGUGCAAGAACAAUACUGAGCUGCGUGCUCACUCUGGCAACUUCACGGCGAGGAUCUCCUGAGAUAUUGUUUAUCUGACGGGUUGUAAAGAUAAGCACAAGUUUCUUUUGAGCAACCGUAUUCCCACCAGCUCCCUCCUGGAACUGGACUUAAAAUAUCUCACAUUCUCCUCCAGUCCAGCAGUGGGCAAACACCACUUGAAGCUGGAAUUAAAUAGGAUCUGCGAAGGUUUCUCUGCAUGGAUUGAACAAAAUGUGACAAUACUUCAGGAAUUUAAUUCCAAAUGACUUUUGUCAAAAUUUCUUUGUAGGAUAAGAGUGGAUUGGAAUGUAGUGGAGAGGGUGAGGUGUGUCCUCACAAUUGCCCGCCUCUCUGUGGGGGAGUCCUGGGUGGUGGUGCUGUUGGGUGACAAACAUUUGCGUGUAAGGCAUGGAAGGAUGCAGUUCCAAUACGGGCAAGUGGGACUGGCAUAGAUGUGGAGCAAAAGUCGACAUGAAUGUGGUGGGAUGAAGGCCCCGUUUCUGCGCUGACUCCAACGGAACAAAAUCCAUGCAGUAAAAUUAGUCGCAGGCCAUCUCCCAUCUGCUUCGGCUAACUUUCAGAUUCCAGCCAGGCUGCUUGUUACACACCUCGGAAAGUGGCAGACGUGUCUUUGGGAGAGAUGUACGCAUCAUGCCGUCUUUGUUGGCGGGACGUGCAAUCUGUUACCAGCUCCACUGUGCCUCUUGUGCUACCACGAUGUCCCACACCAGUGUGAACGACUGUCCACAGUACUUCAACCACCAACAGCUAAUCUCCCCACCACCCCUGUUCCUUCUCCACCUUGUCUCCGGGGAACCCAAACCCUUCCACUCAGACCAGCACACCAAAGCAGGAAUUCAAUUUUCCAUAGACCAGGAAAUCAACUUGGGCCACCUGCUUUGAGCAAAGUGAAUUAUUUUUAAAAAAAAUGAUAAUUGAGUUUUCACCCAGGUUCUGCUGCUAUUAUCAUUUUGAAAUUUGUGGCGUCUUGCUGUGCCUUCGUUGGUGGCCUGACGUCAACGGUACAUUAGCAGCAGAACGCCUCAGCACCAGGCAGCGCAAGGGCGCUACGGAAAUGCAGACUUUCAAGCCAGACUUGGGGAAAGUCACUGUGACCACUACAGCCGGUGGCCUCCACACCGGAAAAAUGUCACAAACAGAAAUUGCAAUCGGUCUGAGCACGAGCCUGUGUGGAGGAGCGGAGUUUUGUACUAGUAUAAAACGUAAUCACGGCUGAGGAGAAAUUUAAAUGUAUCUAGAUUUAUCCUCGAUGGGUUGAUGCCUGUUACAAAAUGAUUGUACCUCGAAAUAAAUUCUUAUUGUUUUUUGUA